AUGUCCAUUUACCGCAUUAUUCUUGACGCUUAUAAAAAAUCCCUCCGCUUCUAUGUGCAUCAACGGAGCAGGCUUGGGGCGAACGAUUUCCUAGAUGCCAUCAGCAGAAGACUCAAUAGCCUGAACUCAUCAGUACUCACGUAUUCGGCUUUUCCACCAAGAGAAUCUUCAUCCGCAGUGCAAGAACGCCCAAUCAUCCUUCGCGCGCUCUUCCUUCGACAUGCGACUACGCUCGGCGAAAUAGUCGCGCGUACCGCCAUAAUCUUUCUGCGGCGGCUGGCUGCCAUGAAUGUUGGAUGUGAGCGCCGUAUUGUGCUCACUUCUCUUCUUACGCAUCGCCUUCUCGUUCUUGUUCUCGCCGUCGACAACCGCAAGCUUCUCUGGCUUCUUCUCUCCCGGCUUCACGCUCGAGGCGCUGGCGCCGACUUGCGCGACAUUUAUGUUCAACUUGAAGGUGGUAGACAUCAUGACCUGAGAAGUAGUGCCGUACAAUAUUUGAGUCUUGCUCUUCAAUCUCUCGAGGGGCGCUGUUUGGGAGUUGUGGUUUUGCAAGAUCGUCUUUCGCUAAGCGUGAGUGGAAACGUUGAAGAAUUUCUGCAACUGAUUCACGUGCGGCAUGUAAAUCCUCAAGUAGGAGUGAAUGGCGACUACCUGUUUGACUACCAUGGGCAGACACUUGUCUCUUCAUUGCUUGGUCCCUCGUGCAUCGAUUCAUGGAUAUGGGCUACAGCUUCUCCAUUGUCCGCUGCGGCGAUCCUUCGAAGCUUCUUUCUACCCUCGAUGUGGUUGUACUUGCACAUUGAAUGUCCUGAUGCUUCGUGGGGACUAUGUAGAGGUCGAGUAGCGAAUGUACAGAUGAAGGGGCUUCGAGAACUCUUAGAGCCGACUCUGUCUGUCAAGGUGAGCCAGGACUGCGAAAUGACCAUUCAUAAACGAAAAUCAGCGUCGCUCGGCUCCAGAUCAUCUCCAGCAUCUCGUCAUGCGGAACGGCCGUGCUCCAACGGCCAAUCCCGCAGCAAGUCCACAAAACAGUUCAAAUUUGCCCCUGACUUUUUCCCUCCACUACACUAUACACGGACUGCCAAGGACUCUGAUGCUCCUUCCAUGAGCACCAGGUCGAGAGCUUGGUCCAAGAUUGAUGCACCGGGAGCCUUUACUUCUCCUAGCCGUGUCUACUGCUUACAUUUUUACACACCCUUCGGUGGUUAUCAAGGCAGAAUCGUUCACGAUGACCCAUUCAAACAUCAGGUAAGUCAACUCCCCUUCUCACACAAACACAUUCGGGCAUACAAGGGCUUCUGGUCGUCUCCAUGGCCGAGUCGCAAGGCGCAUACUGUCUUCGCUUCUCUCAGCCGCGUCUCCUGUCUGUGGUCGUCUUAUGGCGAGCGCAGCAGAUCUGAGGCUUACAUUUUCUUCGCCGUCGUUUCACAUACACACUUCGGGCUUUCGAGGGCUUCCGGUCUUCUCGAUGGCCACGGAGUAGAUAGGGCCGCCCAGGAAGAACGUGAGAGGAGUUGUAAAGCCGGCUCAUUUUUCACGGUUUUCGCUUCUCCUAGCCACGGUCAUAGUCCACGGGUUGUCUCAUGGCGAGCGUGGCGGACUUUCGGCUUACAUAUCUCCCUCGCCGUUGAAAGUGUCGCAGAGGUUCGUGAUAGGAGAAAAGCAGCAACCAUCAGACUGACUAUUCUCGCCGCAAAAGUGUAUCCUUUGGGAUCAAUCAAGCUCGGAGGCCAUCGCUUUCGUAACCACAACAUCUCACCAAAUCCUGCCCACGGGCCCGCGAGCGGCAGCUUGGCACACGAACGGAUGGCAUACACGCACUCAUUAGACUGCGGGGGAUAUAUUGACUUGGCUCCAAGGCCGACCAGGAGAAGGCCAAGGCAACGAGAGGGAGUGGCUCGUACGGAAGUCUUCACAACACUGUCAACUCCACGGGCGACAGAGGAGGCGACGCGCUACAAUGGGCUUACAACGGUGCUCUUUGACAAAAUACACGUCUUACCAUAUCCCUUUGUGAGAAACGCAGUACAAUCUCAUUGUCGUUUGAGAAACACUGCUCACUCGAACGCUUCCCUGCUCCUCCUUUCCACUUCCAUUCCAUCAAAGCUACAUUCUAACCGACUCUCCUUCCAUCGAAAAACACCCACAACCAUUCAGCGCUCUUCAAACUCAACUCAUCACCCACAGCGCUCUCCAAACACCCCCCUACCACCUACAACCACAGCAAUGGCCUCCCAAGACCCUCGCCCCCACAUCUCCUACCGCACCAUCCCCGACUUCCGCACCCACCUCAUCGCCAUGAUAAACGAAGUCUCCACCAAGGAACUCAAAAUCUCCACCUGGCUCUUCCAAAUCCCGGAAACCAACCUCUCCGCCCUGAAGUCCGCCCGCGAAGAUUUGGAAUCCGCAGUAAAAACCCGCGUCGAACUCACCGAAGCCGCCGUAGCGUACGACUUACAAAACAUUCCGCCUGCGCAGGAGAAAGUUUUGAAUGAGGCUGCGUGGGCGAUUAAGAUUGGGACGAUUCAUGGGUGGGAUAAGGGACCGAGACGGCCGCCGAAAGCGUAUUUUACGAAGGGGACGUGGAUGGAGGUUCGGGAGGGGUGGAGUUUGAGGAGCUUCAAGACGGAGAGGGAGGGGAAGGGGAAGGGGAAGGCGAAGGAGGGGGGGAGGGAAGAGGCGAGUAGCCUUUAUGAUGGCAGUUCAUGGGGUGCUCAGUCUGGGCCACCACAACUGGAGGAUGAUCAGGAGGAUUUAGGUCCGAAAGCUUUGGUUCCUCGCAUUACGAUCACGCCUGCUGGAGAUGCGGAUGGCAAGAGAAUCCUUCUGCUGAUCUCUUCUGCUUCUCUGAUGAUUGAGAUGGAGCGGUGA